GUAAGGGAUGGAAAACUUAAACUCAAAAUGAAGACAGAGCGAGCAGGCUACUUAAGGGUUUUCAGCUCCCUUGCUGUACUUCAUGUUACAUACCUUCUUGCCAUCCAAACAGGCCUUGUGGAAGUAGUAAACAUUACUAGCCAUGUCCAAUAUAUACAUGGAACAGUUGGCAAGUCUGCUCUCCUAUCCGUGCAAUACACCAGCUCAAGCAGUGAUAAACCGGUGGUAAAAUGGCAAGUGAAAAGAGAAAAGCCAGUCACUGUGGUGCAGUCCAUUGGGACAGAAAUCAUAGGAAACUUGCGCACAGAUUACAAGGAUCGAAUACAGAUCUUUGAAAAUGGCUCUCUCUUGAUAAAGAACCUCAUGUUGUCAGAUGAAGGGACUUAUGAGGUUGAGGUUUCCAUUACAGAUGAUACCUUUACUGGGGAAAAAUCAAUCAACCUAACUGUGGACGUUCCUAUUUCAAAGCCUCAAGUCAUCCUUGCUUCAUCUACUGUUCUAGAACUUACUGAGAACUUCACUCUCAACUGCUUCCAUGAGAAUGGUACAAAACCUUCCUACACCUGGAUGAAAAACGGGAAACUACUAAACAAUGAUUCAAGAAUGGUCUUGUCAACAGACCAUAAACUACUCACCAUUACCAAAAUUAUAAUAUCAGAUGAUGACACCUAUAGCUGCACGGUACAUAAUCCUAUCAGUAAUGGACGCAGUGUUCCCAUUAAACUCACUGUCUAUAGAAGAAGUUCACUCUAUAUCAUCCUUUCAAUGGGAGGAAUAUUUCUUCUGGUUACCUUGGUAACAGUUUGUGCUUGUUGGAAGCCUUCCAGGAAAAAGAAGCAAAAAUAUGAAAAGCAUGGUUCCUCUGAAUAUCUAGAUCGAACGGGAGACCCUCUUAAAAAUGAAGAUGAAAUUAUAUCACGGAUUGGGGAGCCUGAGUGUAAGAAUCCUGUUGCUUUAUACAUACUGAAAGAUAAGGAAUCUAUGGAAGCAGAAGAAGACUCACCAACAGAAUCCAGAACUGCAUCUGAUCAUGGGUCUCCCAGUUAUGUCAGUACUGAACCCUCUGUCAGAUCCCCUGGCCCUCCAGUUAACUCUCCACACAAGUGCCACCAUUCACCAGCAUGGUCGUCACCUUCCACCAUAGAACAUGUAUCGCCAUCUAGUUCACCUGCCGUGAGUUCCGAGGAAAGAAGUACCACUCGUUCUGUUCGGACAAUUGGAGCUCACAGUAUCUGGGAAAAAGAAGACAUUAGAGCUGUGAAGAGCAAAAACGAAUUUGUGUAGUAAUGUUCAUGGCUACGCUAUAGGAAUUUGAGCUGCAUGCCAUUCACACAAUCAUUGUGGACAAUUUAAAGGGAUAUUAUCAUCAUACUAUUUUUUGCCUUCAUUCUACAGGCAUGGGACCUGUUAUCCAGAAUGCUCGGGACCUGGGGUUUUCCCAUAUAACGGAUCUUUCCGUAAUUUG